CAAAUCUCUCAAUUCACACUAUCAAAUCUCUCGAUACACACCACUUUUGGGAAUAAUACCAAAUUACCCGCUUCUCUGUCAAACCCUAAACCUAACCAUCCACCGGCCGCUACCCCUCUCCAGCCGCCUCUCUUAACCAUCGCAUCCGCCACCAUCACCUCUCCAGCCGCCGCCCUAACCCAACAUCACCACACACCGCCACCAUCAACUGCUGCUACCCCUCCCUAGCCCUCCUCCUCCUCCGGCGAUUCUCUCUAGCCCCUCUUCGCCACCCAUCUCUCUCUGCUGGUUAUGACGAUGUUGAUCGGGCUGCGAUGGUAAUUGAAGAGGGUCGUGGUAGUGGUGGUUGGAGAUGGCAGCCGGAGGUGGCGGAGGCUGGUGGUUAGGGUUUAGAAAAUUGUCUAAAAAAGUAAUUUGAUUGUGGGGGCAAAAUGGUAAUAAAAAAAAUAGAGUGACGGGAGUGUAGUGAGAGAGUAUUGAAGGUGGGUAUGCAAAUAGGAAUUUCCCUACGUUACAGGCCUUGUUUCCACACGAUGUCUUAUCCGAGUUUGAAUUGAAGAGUGUUUUUUUUGUCUCAUUAUGAUUCCUUCAAAUUGUCUCUCUUCAACUACUACUACUCCUUGCUGCAAUGAAAAUCAUCUUCUCCCCCUCCUCAUCUACUUCCCAAGCUAUAAUAGCCUAUUGCCAAAUGCAAUAGUGUUGGCACUUGUACGGUUGCAAAGGAACCGAGUUAUUUAUGAACAAGCUCGGUUCGGCUCGGCUCGGCUCGGCUCGGCUCGGCUCGUUGCUCGGCUUGGUUGCAUUUAGGAGUCAACAGAUUAAAUUAUGGCACUUUCAGCACAUUUAAUCUACCUCUCUAAUGAUGGAAGCAUCGGCUUGUGUGCCAAACGACAACUUACUUGUGAAAGGCUUCGCAGGAGAGUGGCUGAUCCUUGUUGUGUGGUUAAUGUGAAAAUGCAACCCAAUAGAAGAAUUCCGAAAUACUUCGGCUUGUUAAGAUCUUAUAGGAUACCUUGUGGAUUGGAAUCAAAAUAUUCAAAUCUUCUCUCAUGUGGGUCGAUGAAGAUCUCUUCAGUUUGUGAGAAUAGUACAAGUAUACCAGAGGAAAAGGGGAUAUUUGAAUUUCAAAUGGAAGUGAUAAUGAGUGUUCUCAAGAGCCAAUUAAUCAAAGUAGCUGUCGUAAUGGCUUGUACAUUCUUGGUCAUUCCAGCAGCUGAUGCUGUAGAUGCUCUUAAGACUUGUUCUUGCUUACUGAAGGAGUGCAGGGUGGAACUCGCCAAGUGCAUUGCAAACCCGUCAUGUGCAGCCAAUGUUGCUUGUCUUCAGACCUGCAACAAUCGACCUGAUGAGACCGAAUGCCAGAUUAAAUGUGGGGAUUUGUUUGAAAACAGUGUUGUUGAUGAGUUCAAUGAGUGUGCAGUCUCAAGGAAGAAAUGUGUGCCCCAGAAAUCUGAUGUUGGCGAAUUUCCUGUCCCUCAUCCUAAUGUUUUAGUUAGAAACUUUAACAUGAAAGAUUUCAGUGGGAAGUGGUUCAUAACUAGUGGUUUAAACCCGACUUUUGAUGCUUUUGAUUGCCAACUGCAUGAGUUCCAUAUGGAAUCCAACAAACUUCUGGGGAACUUGACUUGGCGAAUACGGACUCCAGACGGUGGCUUCUUUACGCGAUCAGCUGUUCAGAGAUUUGUGCAAGAUCCUACCCAGCCUGCGAUACUCUACAAUCAUGACAAUGAAUAUCUCCAUUACCAAGAUGACUGGUAUAUUUUGUCCUCCAAGAUAGAGAAUAAACCGGACGACUAUGUAUUUGUAUAUUAUCGAGGCAGGAAUGAUGCAUGGGAUGGAUACGGUGGCGCUGUUGUGUACACAAGAAGUGCAGUAUUGCCCAACAGCAUUGUACCCGAAUUAGAAAAAGCAGCUCAAAGUGUAGGACGGGACUUCAGCAAGUUCAUUAGAACUGACAAUAGUUGUGGGCCGGAACCUCCCCUUGUGGAGAGACUGGAGAAGACCGUGGAGGAAGGAGAGAGAACAAUCAUAAGGGAGGUUGAGGAGAUAGAAGGAGAGGUGGAGAAGACAGAGAUGAACUUGUUUGGUAGGUUGCUGGAAGGAUUUAAAGAGCUGCAACAAGAUGAAGAGAACUUCCUGAGGGAGCUGAGUAAGGAAGAGAUGGAUAUUUUGAGUGAGCUUAAAAUGGAAGCGAGUGAGGUAGAGAAACUCUUUGGACAAGCACUGCCACUGAGGAAACUGAGAUAGAAUACAAGGUCCAAGAAAGAAAAAAGUAGGUGAUGUUUCAAUUUUUAAAUUUUCAUUAAAAGUUUGCAAAAUUUAUUAAUUUAUAUUAGUAUUUUUUUCACAUGGUUUUUGACA